GUUGUACAUUCUUGUUAUAUUUACCGUUUUUGCCGCAUGUUGUUUAUAAAUACGUAUACAGAUGUGCCAGCUUUAUCGAAAGAAACGCAUUUGUGAUCAUAUUUGAUUAAAAUUCAAAUACUCGAGCUUGGUCGAUUUGCGAACAUCAUAAUGGUUUCGUCCGACAUUCUCCGCAGUCUGCAGUAAAUAUGGCGUCACAGAAAAGUAGCCAGACUCUAGAAACUUCCCCUCAGUAAAUACAACUAACGAAGAGGACACUAACAACCAAAAUUAUUUUUGUGAACACAUAUAUUUUUGUAGGUAUGCCCAGGAAAAAGCCAUUCAGCAACAAGCAGAAGAAGAAGCAGCUGCAAGUCAAACGGGAGAGAAAACGAGGUGACACUGGGUCCGGGCCAAGUAGCCGUAAUGCCAGCGUGGAGCGAGGAGAGCGCCAGUCGGACACAUCAGACAGCGAAACCACAGACGUCAGGAGAAUAAACCAGCAGCCCACCAGCAGGGAAGGGAGAUAUGAUCCCAAUAGAUUCCGUCUACACUUUGAAAAGGAGAGUAAAGAGGAUGUGGAAAAACGAAAGAAGAUCGCCCGGGAGAAGAUUCUGCAGCCCGUCUCGGACAAAGAACUGGAGAUCGGCAUCAAUGACAUCUACCCUCCUGAGCGAGGCCUGGGUUUCCCACGCCGGCCGCCCUGGAACUACGAAAUGAGCCGCGAGGACUUGCUGAGGAAAGAGGAGAGAUCGUACAGGCAGUAUCUGGAUGAGCUGCACCUGAAAAACCCACCUGGAUCUCUCAGCCACUUUGAGCACAAUCUGGAGACAUGGAGGCAGCUAUGGCGAGUCUUAGAGAUGUCCGACAUCGUCCUCCUCAUCGUGGACAUCAGGCAUCCGGUGCUACAGUUCCCCCCUGAGGUGUACCGCUGCAUCACAGGUGAGCUGAAGAAGCAGGUGGUGCUGGUGCUGAACAAAGUGGACCUGUGUCCCCCCCCGCUGGUGAUAUCAUGGAAACACUACAUGACCUCGCAGUUCCCCCAGCUGCACAUUGUCUGCUUCACCUCUCACCGCGGACAGUCUUACAGCACAGUGCUGCAGAAAAAGCGGAUGAGGCGGAAGGCUGACUGGAGUCAUGCUGGAGGACCCACAGAGAUCCUUAAGGCAUGUCAAGAUAUCACAGCAGGCAAAGUCGACCUGUCCAGCUGGGAGCAGAAGAUCCAGGCGAAUGCCGUUGCCGAGCAACUGGACGGGGACGGGCCGGACGAGGAUGCAGAGUCGGUGCUGGUGGAGCAUCAAAGCGAUAGCGCCAUGGAGAUGAGCAACCCAUCACAGGAGCUCUACAAGGAUGGCGUUCUCACUCUGGGUUGCAUAGGCUUUCCAAAUGUGGGCAAGUCAUCUGUCAUCAAUAGCCUUGUGGGGAGGAAGGUGGUGAGCGUGUCACGGACCCCAGGCCACACUAAAUACUUCCAGACCUACUACCUCACCCCGACUGUCAAACUCUGCGACUGCCCCGGACUUGUCUUUCCUUCCCGUGUCGACAAACAGUUACAGAUCCUGGCCGGCAUCUACCCGGUGUCCCAGCUGCAGGAGCCUUACAGCUCUGUCGGUUAUCUGUGUGAAAGGACCCCCUUCCUCUCUGUGUUGAAGCUCAAACAUCCCAAUUUACAAGACCUUGGCACCCAAGGAGACCAGAGUCCCGAAGAGCCCCCCUGGACCGCUUGGGAUGUUUGCGAGGCUUGGGCGGAGAGGAGAGGAUAUAAGACAGCCAAAGCUGCUCGGAACGACGUCUACCGAGCAGCCAAUAGCCUUCUGAGGUUAGCCACCGACGGGCGACUUUGCCUCUGCCUCAGACCGCGUGGCUACAGCUGCCUGAAAGAGCACUGGGAAAACCACACCGACAUCCCGGAGAUCUUGGCCUUGCAGGGAAGGACAUCUGAGGAGGAUGCCGCAGGAAAAAAGGACGAUGAAGACGACGGCGAGUCCAGCACUGAGCCCGAGGAAGAGAGAGACCGGGACGCGGACGACGACGAUGACGGCGACGAAGAUGAGGGGUUUGGACAGGCAAGGCGAAAGGAAAAUACGAAGCCCAGUCUAGCUGUUAACAUGUUUAAUGUCCUUCGGGAGAAUGACUGUGAGUGACGGAACAGGGAUAAACAGAGAGGAAAAGUAUCCCGAUGCUUCCCGGAUUGACUCGUUACACUCCUCUUUGUUUCCUCCCCCGAAUAUGCAUUCCUUCUCAUUUCCAAAAUAACAUGUCCUUCUCCCUAUGCUAAGGCUACUAUUGUGAGUUUGUAUUGGCCUAAACUCUGCAGGAAAAAGCUAGUUAGCAUGCCUGCAGAUACCAUACACCACCAUUGCUUUUACCUCCUGCAGUUCAAUAAGCAGCCACUAGAUGGCACAAGGUACUGAACAAAAACGAACAAAAGAUACCUGUACCAGAGGUAAACAAAUCAUAACAAAAGUGGGGGGGAAAAAAAUGCAUAAUUGAGUCAAUAUUUGCAAAACAUUAUUUUUCUACUCCAUGCUGUGCCUCGGCUCUGCACGUUCAUGCACAAAGCUUUCAGUAGUGGUGGGGGUUUGUUUUGCAAGACAAUGUACAAAAAAAAAAAAAACACCAGUCUGCUGUCGGGUUGGUCAUUUUACAAUGAUCAAGUGUAUCCAGUGCAACUGAUUGCUGCAGCAAUGAAUGCGAAAUGAAGGUCAGUACUUGACUGUCACCAGUAGAGGCGCUGAUGAUGCAGCUUCAGCAACUUCUUUUGAGUACAUAAUUAUUCAACUUCCACCCUCGGCCAUCUCUGUGUGGAGUUUGCAUGUUCUCCCCGUGCAUGUGUGGGUUUUCUCCGGGUACUCUGGUUUCCUCCCACAUUCCAAAAACAUGCUAGGUUAAUUGGUGACUCCAAAUUGUCCAUAGGUAUGAAUGUGAGUGUGAAUGGUUGUUUGUCUAUAUGUGCCCUGUGAUUGGCUGGCGACCAGUCCAGGGUGUACCCCGCCUCUCGCCCGAAGACAGCUGGGAUAGGCUCCAGCACCCCCCCCCCCCCCCCCCACGACACUCGUGAGGAAAAAAACGGUAGAAAAUGAAUGAAUGAAAGUAUUCAACUUGAACUGAAGCUGAUAUAUGUGACAACACCCCAUCAACAGCGACUCUACUGGUUCCAAAUAAUAUGGAAAUGCAGUCAAAUGGCCAUCUAUCAUUCUGUAUACUGACACGUGACCUCAUGAGCUGACAUGCCAAAUAAUGCACACAUUAGAAGUUCCUUGUCUGUAAGCUGUCAUUCACUGGAUGCACUUUUUAUUGCUGCUGGUAUAUGGCAGGAUACAACAACAUUUCAUACUCAGGUAAGCAGAAAACCAGUAUUACCAGUUUGAUUCUCUCAAAACGGAGAGUAUCGUGUUUCUGAGAGUUGCUGUGGUCUUUUUGGUGUGGCUUUGCACAGUUGGCAGGACGAUACAGGAUCCAGUGUUUCUCAAUGAAGCCUCACAUGUUUGAAACGAGUAAGAAUUUGGCUGUACAAUCAUUGCCUGCGUUUAUCCGCUAAUGCUUUUUCGUUCCAACAAAGCACUUCAAGGAAGUAUUCAGCAUUAAUGGAGACAUUUUCUUAGUUUUGUAUAAGCCCAGCAUUUCAGCAAAGAGUAAAACAAAACUCCAGUUUUUUUUUCUCCCCCAAAAUGUGGACUUGUUACAUUAAGUGCACACAACCGGAAUAGGCAGGCACGCCAUUAUGGAUUCUUAAAAGCUGUCCCUUAUAUUUACUAAUGACACUGAAAGGACAUUCCUAAGUGUGAAGGCUGGAUGCUUGUUCAUAAUACCUGCAGUAUUCCUUCUUUCAUUCCCAGCAUCUCUCAACUGGACUGCUUUAUGCAAUAAAAAAAAUAGUCCUCUAAGCCAUCUUGUUAUUUGUUUUUGCGUUAUCCUCCUAAAAAGCUUUGGGCUAAUUGCACAUUGGAAAUCAAUCAAGUAAUCCUUGUUUUGCUUAACUGCUAUACAAAGUGGUAACUACGGUAACUACGGAUGCUUUUUUUUUUCCCUCUGUUUUCCUGAAAAGUUGUGCAGAAAUCAUUUAUUGCAUAAUGCUGCCAGGAAAGCAAACAACCUCCUCGGCGCAGCUAACACCAUCUCUGAUACAACAACCGCUCUCCCACAUGUCAUUAAAGCGAUAACAGAUGACGUCGUGAACUUUUUCCCUCUUCUCUGUGUUGACGCCAGAAAGCCUUUUAAUCGGUGAGGAAAUCUUUGAUGAGCUUUGUCACAUUAAUUACCGCUGAUAAUCUUCACUGUUAGGAAAAUGGAGCAGAUGCAGGAGGCUCACAUGUUAAAACCGCUUUAUUGGCCUAUUGCAGAUGGCUGUUUGUAACAGGUAGAUUGGAAGAAAUGAAGAC